AUGUCGGCAUCAACUAGUUUCCACCAUCCUUCCCGUAGAACGUCGAAGGAUUCCACAGAAUCCUCACUGUGGGGCCUCACAAACAGUAACGUUGGUGCUACUUCCCUGUGUCAAGCGCCUGUAGAGCCAGCUGCCGCGCGGUCGUGGAGCGGUGAUACUGCACGAGAGUACGAAGUUUCCGCGGGAGACGUUAGUGGUUAUGAUGAUGACUGCGGCCGCAGCGGCAGAAGCAAAGUUUCUCGUGCAUUACAAUCAAGCGGCUUCGGAAACAUCAAUAGUUUGGCGUUAGCCGCCAUUGUACAGCGGGCAUGCAUCGAGGAGGAGGUGUUCCUACGCGGCCGAAUUCAACUUCAACAGCUCGAGUCAUGGAAGAAACUCCGCGUGCAGGCCCUCCAGAAGCAACCGAGAAGUCUCACAGGCGGUUGCUCUGUAUCUCAGCGAGUUGUCAGGGCGACACCACGGCGAGAAAGCGCAAUUUGUGGCCCACCGCCACACCAGCCACAAAAACAGCAGUUUGAAACACAACUCCAGGAGCAACCGCUCACCCCACGGCAGUUACCGCUUGAAUGGCCGUCGGGUGACUCGAAUUGCCGUAGGACACAACUGUCCGAGGCGCAUAAGGUGGCUGCGACGCGCCAGGUGACAAAACGUGAGAGGCGACUGAGGGGGCAGGAUCGGCGGAUUAUGGAGCGUGAGCUGCAGGGGGUCCAAGAGGCGGAGGCUAAAGCUCUUAGAGAGGCUCGCACCAAUGCAGAACGGAUACAAGUGCUGGAGGAGCAAUUAUCUGCCACCCAGCAAACUCUUGCAUGCACAGCGGCACCGAACCGUAGAGUGGCGGAGGAACUGCAGCUGAGCGAUCGGCGGGUGGAUGUAAAGCAAUUGCAGUUGGAGAACACUGCCCCUGUUGUGGGGAAUGGGGAGGUGGGAGCUGACCAAAAAGAAUAUACCGAGGGGCUAGGAACAACGAUGACAACGCUAGACGAAGAGAACCGUGGCGUCCCCGCCACCCGACAUCAGGAGGCUCCAUGUGAGCCGAAUGACUCGCAGGGACCGCAAGGGGAGCAGGAAGAACAACUGUCUUGCGAGUUGCAAGGUCAUUGGCUCUCAGACGAACGAAUUACCGAAGUGGAGCGCCGCCUACGGGAGGUAGCAUGUACAAUAGAAAAGGAACUCAUUGAAGGUGCGAAAGCUGCGGAGACGCAGGCGAAGUUGUUGCAGCACUCUCAGUCGAUGUGCGAAGAGCUUCAACAUUCUUACAGGGAAAAGGUACAGGAGAUCGUCGACCAAGCGGGGAGAUACGAAGCGGUAUUAGUUGCAAGGGAUGCUUCUACCGCUGCCACCACGAGCUAUCUAAGGCAGGAAGCGGAUGCACACCGAAAGCAGUGCCGCGAACUCCAGCAACUGGUGCUUCGAGAGCGUGUGGCCAUGUCCAUAACUUUUGAGGCACAUCAGGCGGAAGCAUCGAGGCUUCGGCAAACUCUAGAUGCGUUACAAGAGGGAAAACUACUUCUGGGGGCAGAGGUAAGGUGUGCAGACCUGGCAGCUUCUCGUCAGCGCCUGCAAGAGGAGCUUACACUCGGACGGCAGGCAGAGGCAUUUCUGCGGCAAACAAGUUCAGAAGUGGCGGGGCUACUCAUGACUCUGACAGUCGCACAGCAGGAACAGCAUCAUUUGUCGUCAGUGCCUCACGACAUGCAGAGCGAGCUGGACCAGCCGCAACCCCAAGCAGAAGACCGGAAGAAACAACGUCAACAGCGGGGUUUAUCACUGCGCGACGGCAACGCCACGGCGAGGGGCGAGCGCAUGAACUUAUCGUUAGAGCAGUGUGUGGGUGUUAACAAGGAUGGCGAACGGGCUCAUCGUAGCAGCCCUCGUGACUACUGUGAAGAACCUAAGGAAGGGCAAUGUCAGUUUCGCCUUUCCCGUAAAAAUGCUGGUGAAAGUGAGGAAGAGUCUCCGAAUGAACGUAGCGUCGCGACGUCACAUGCUUUGAGCCCUCAAGACUGUUCAGUAUCUCGCAUAGAGCAUAGUGUUGCGCAGAGGAAUGUAGAGUCUGCUCCACUGCUGAAGCCGAUCAGUGUUCGUCCGGGGGCAGUCGCACCGGAGCUUUUCAAGCAUUUGGAAGGCCAUUUGGAAUCACACUUGCACGAGUUGGAGACAAGGGUAACUGAGGCUAUAGAAGCACUCUCACUCGUUAAUAGGCAAGUGGUACCACAGCAACAAGGAGAACAACUGCAGGCCGGGGGGAGCCAGCGACUGACUUUGACCAAUUCGAUCGUAACGGAGGAUGCGGUGACACGGAGGGCGGAGAAAACUCCUGCUGGAAACUGUGUGGUGAAGCUUCUCGAUGCUGUGUCUGCGCUAAACGUUGUACUGCCGUACUUUGACUGGCUAUCUUGCCAAGGAGUCCCUGAAAGGAUACCCCGGCGUGUGGAUAAGCGGCUGGAGGGGUCUCUGCGGCAGCAGCUGGGAGCGCUGCGGUUCAUCGUACAGGACAUGGAGGAAAAAAGAAAUGCAACCGCGGCUCCACCGGCGCUCUCUGGGUCAUCUACUUGCAGUGGUUUGAGCGGGGGCCUUCUUAUUUACUCGUUGACAUCGGCACUGAAAGAGGGAAUGGAGGUGCUGUCAGCUGUUGGUUAUGUCGGUAAAUUGGCUUCCCCUACCAAAAAUGAAGUAACUGUCCAAACAUCUACACGAUCAAGCGGUUUCUGCUGCCCCCUGGUGGCCACGAUGCUACUCGAAGGGCAUUUAACGCCAUCUUCACGAAGACCGUAUGAGCUGUUGAAGCAGUUGUGGUACCCACGAUCAUUCCUACAAUCCCCCAGGCCGCCGUGCGCGGAUGAUGCGCAGCCGCGUCAUACAUUUGCCGCAGUGGGUGGUCGACUUGAGCUGGCGGAGGAAGGUAGAAGUAUUCGCCGUUUGCCUUUGCCCCCCGUUGUCGAUAUCAUGUCCUGCUCAGCGUUAGGUGCUCUCGAUCACCAAAGUUUUUCCGUGAGUCCCUGUGCGUUAUCAUCAUUAUCAUCAUCACUGCCCUCUCCACUCUGUUUCAUCUAUACCGUGCGCGUUGUUGCCCCAUGCGGUAACGUCCUGAUGGGGUUUUCGGACCGUCGCUUACCUCUUGAGGUGUUUGCGCCAGCGCUUAAUCACUUAUCGUACUCGAAUAGUUACUGGCUUCAUUUGGGUCGUGGGACGCUGUACUGCCCCCGAUUAGGCAUUGCGGAUUUACCGUACUCCCCUUUCGCGCGCUCAAACUCCAUAGAGGUGAAUGGGGAAGUUACUUGUGUGUUGGACAUGGCUGCACGAACGAUCCGCUUUAAGUGCGGCGACGCGGAUUGUGGCGUAGCCUUUGGUGGAGUGGAUCUCUCACAGCCACUUUUCCCUGCUUUUGAGUUUGAUUGUGGCGGUGGUGCCCUUAAGUUUGUAUGA